GGAUGAGGGGAGGGGGGUAACGGGGUAACGAGGGGAGGGGGGUCCCGCGUGUCUGCCCCCCCCCUCAACUCAUCAUCACGACGACAGAUCCGCGAAUCGAUUUCACGGCGCGGGCUCGGAGCUCGCACAGCCGCGCGGCGCUUGCUGACAGCGCGGGUCUCUCUCUCUUCGCUCUCCUGCGGCUCUUCGUCGCCGAGCUCGGCAAGCCGACGAACGAGGCGACGAACGAGGCCGCGCUGAGCCGCGCUGAGGCGGCCUGGAGGCUGCCGCCAGCGCGCAGGAAUCGGCGCCGCCUCUCCGCGUGCCCCGAAUCGACGGCGUCUUUGGUCGGCCGCCAUUUGCCGCCGUCGCUGCUGCUGCCGUGAGGCCCCGCGCCGCCGCCAUGGACAUGGACGGCAAUAGUCGAUCAGAUAUGGGAUCACCUGCUGGUUCAAAGAGGGGACCGGAUAAUCUCUACUCUGCUAGUGCUCCUAAGAAUGGCUCCACUGCCGAGGGCAGCGAGAGCAAGAAGUUCAAAGGGGACUCGAGCGACGAGCUGCCCUCCAAGGUGCUGCACAUCCGCAAGCUGCCGGAGAACGCCACGGAGGCCGAGGUGGUGACGCUGGCGCUCCCUUUCGGCCGAGUCACCAACAUCCUCAUGCUGAAGGGCAAGAGCCAGGCGUUCCUGGAGAUGGCCUCGGAGGAGGCGGCCGUGGCGGCCGUGACGUUCUACAGCACGGACCCGCCCGUGCUGCGCAACCAGCCCGUCUACGUGCAGUACUCCACCUACAAGUCCCUCAAGACCGACAACUCCGCAUACCAGGCGAAGGCCCAGGCGGCCAUGAUGGUGGCGAACGGCUCGGACAGCGAGGAGACCAACUCGGCUGCCCCCCAGAGCCCGAUCCUGCACAUCAUCGUGGAGAACCUGCUCUACCCCAUCACCCUGGAGGUCCUCCACCAUGUGUUUUCUAAGUACGGCACAGUCCUGAAAAUCAUAAUUUUCAACAAAAACAGCCAGUAUCAAGCCCUGAUGCAGUUUGCGGAUGCCAGUAACGCACAUCAAGCUAAAACGAUGCUGGACGGGCAGAACAUUUACAAUGGCUGCUGCACGCUGCGCGUGGGCUUCUCGCGCCUCACCAACCUCAACGUCAAGUACAACAACGAGAAGAGCCGCGACCUCACUCGGCCCGACCUGCCGGCCGGCGAGGGCCAGGGCCCGUUCCCCCCGAUGCGCGCACAAGGCAAGGAGACCUCCCUGCUCGGCGUGCGCGAGUGCAACGCUGCCAUUCUGCGUAAUCUCCUUGGUUCGCUUCACGGGAACAGCAAUCAUCGGCGUUGCUCAGCAUCUGGCGAAUUAUCCUUCACUGCAACUGCUGAAGACGAAACAUAUCACAAUUGUAACCCAGCCCUCAUUCACGGAGGCUUCCCCAACAUGUCCCAGUCUGCAGAUUUAAACCCGCGGCAUUCUCAAAACUACUUCCCCCAUUCUCCGGGCUUGCCGAGCGGCGUUGGCGGGAGGCUGCCCGGUGGCCUCCCUGGUGGCAUGGGCUCCUCCUUCGGCUUCCCGGGCAUGAUGGGGCCGCGCCUGGGCCUGCCCCCGCCCACGCCAUCCAGAGGCGGCGGCGGCGGCGGCGGCGGUGGCGGCGGGAUGCCGGGCCUCCCCGUCAACUCCCCAGUGCUGCUGACGAGCAACCUCAAUGCCGAGGCGGUUACGCCUCAAAGGCUCUUUAAUCUGUUCGGCAUGUUUGGCGACGUGCUGCGCGUGAAGAUCCUCUACAACAGGAAGGACACGGCGCUCAUCCAGAUGGCCGACUCCAACCAAGCGCAGAUCGCCAUGAGCCACCUGAACGGGCAGCGGAUGUACGGCAAGCCGAUACGCGUGACGAGCUCGCGCUACCAGACGGUGCAGCUGCCGCGCGACGGCUCCGACUCCCUGACGCGCGACUUCUCCGACUCGCCGCUGCACCGCUUCCGCCGCAUGGGCGCCAAGAACUUCCACCACAUCUUCCCUCCCUCCGUCACGCUGCACCUCUCCAACAUCCCAUCCUCGGUGUUGGAGGAUGAUCUGAAGACCCUUUUUGAGAGCAAUGGCUGCGUAGUGAAGGCACUCAAGUUCUUUGCCACCGACCACAAGAUGGCCCUCGUCCAGAUGGAAUCGCUGGAGGAGGCCAUCCAGACGCUGGCCGAGUUGCACAACCACGAGCUGGAGAAGAACCGCCUGCUGCGCGUCUCCUUCUCCAAGUCGGUCAUCUGAGCGGUGCCGUGCCGGGGGGGGGCGGGCUGCGGCACCGCCGCCGCCGUCCGCAGCCUCUCGAGCCGGAGGGCCCCUCCACUCUCCGGGAAGUCGGCGGUCAGAUUCCCCCUUUGCUCCAACAUCCAUUCCUGUCGCCCGCCCCACCUGUCUCUCCGUAUUAAAGUGAAUUUGAAUGUUGAGGGUGUGCCCGGUUUAUCACCAGUUAGAUCUCACUGAGUCAUUCAAAUCGACCAGAAAGAGAACCGCCUCUUAGCAAGUAAAGUAUUCACCCGUGAGAUCGUGUGCUGCUGCUGCACUCGCUGAUGACAGGUAGCUGGGAUCUCCAACACGAGCAGCCUUCACGCUUCACUUGUGAAGCGGCCAGCUUCCCGCCGCGGGGGCACGGCCGGCGUGUGGCCCGGCCAAGGUGUGGGCGGCGCCGCCGUUGCUGCGGUUGUGAAGCCGCGAGGUUCCGCGUGGCUCUCCCGUCACACGCGGAGACACGGAGCACGACAGUGAAACGCGUCCAUGCCGGUGGCUUCGGUAAUCAGUGCCUUCGUUUGAAUGCAAAUUUCUCAUGAUUUGGCACUUUUUCCAAUUACAAACUCAUCCCUGCAGCCUCUGCACCCGAACCCUAAACUGUUUCGACAUCAUUGCCUUAACAUGCCCUUCGACUCUUAAACGGGGCUGCAUUGAUGCGUUCCACAAUUUAUCAUUGCGGUUUUUUGUUGUUGCAAAUAAACAGUUUGAGUACGGAGUUAAGUGUGAGAUCGGCUCCUUACGUUGAACACUUCAAGGUUAAUCGUCAUUCUUGCUCCAAACACUGGAGGGAGUGAUGCAUUGUGGCGGGGAGCAAGGCUGCGCGCCGCAGGGAUGUCUCCGCACCACUGGUUGUUCUGUCCAUGGCCGCGUGGUCACAGGCCGCUCUGGGUGCCUCUCUCCGGCGGCACUGCACCACCACAUCCAGUGCUGUGGAGCCCUGUUUUGUAUUUUAACUUUUUGCAAAGGGAAUCUUCAAACCCAAUAACCAUCGCACACUAUCCGAGCAUUUUGGUGAUAACCGUCGGUUACACGUACAUGUUUUGAGGGUUGCAGUUGCUUUAUGUCACGAGACUGUAGUACGAUGCAUAAGCUAUCGUGUUAAACGUUAGGAGCGUCUGUUUUAGGUAAGUUGUACUAAUGUCGUAGAAAUUGCAGCGUAACAGUGAUGCCAGUGAUGCCAGUGUUUGAGGGUUUAGCUCGCGACUCGUCUCCGCGUGAUUUUUCGGCACGACGUGGAUGCCAAGGAAGUUUUGUGCCGAGUAGAAACGAGAGCUCGUGAGCGCUACGAUGACCUCUCGGGACACCGGCGCAUGCCGCCAGGCGCGUGCGGCCAGGCACGCGCCUCUCCGCGUGUGCUCGCGCCGUGUUGCUCGGACCGAUGUCCGACGUUUCGCUGCGCGUGCCGGGAGCCUGCAUUGUGCCGAACGACCCGCGGCGUCGCAACCCGAGAACUCGUCGUGAGAGCGGCGCAGCGCCAAGCGCCAAACCCUGGGCAGCCGUACGGCACCGAUCAAUUGGUUCGCCUGCUCCGGAGCCAGAGGCACGGAGCUCGCAGUGGCGGCGAUCGCUCCGAUCUGUUGGGUCCCCUCGGGGAGGAGCUGCCUCGUGCUGCCCCCCAUGGUGGUCGAGGAGGAGGACCCCGAGGGCACGGUGGUGGUGGUGCGCUCAGAUUGAGACGCCGUAAAAUCGCCGCGUAGCCGUCGCGGAGACUGCUGCCCCUGCUAGGAUCUUGAGAGGCACCCGCGUGGGAAAGUGAACCUUUUAAAUAUUCGGGUGAAUAUCUUGAAUUGUCAGGUAGGUUUCAAACAGGUUAACCUUGACAUAACCUGCUGUAUCCGUGGAUGCCUGGCACCAGCAGUCAUUGUUGUCUGCAUGCAUUUGCCAGACAUGACACUGCAUGCGAAUGAGUCCUUGUGUUCACCAGCAUAGAGAGCAUGCACAGUUCCGUGUUUGACAAGAAACGCGUGAUGAUUUUGGUCCUCGCCUACUACGGGAUUUAUCAUCACAAUUGCAGAUACAAUGUGAUGGUUAUCAUUGAGAGUAUAUGCACAAGCUGCACGUUAUAGGGUUGCCGCCAACUGGUCUGGGUUUGACCCGGACCGUUUGGGAAUUGGCAGACCAAGGUCUCGUUCCGGUCGUGUGUUGAACUUCGUUGAGGUGAACUGCACCGUUCUGAUGGACCAAAGCGGACCGAGAACUAUGCCCGGGUUUGGUCUACAGUGGACAGAGGCCGAGUGCCAGCACGGCCGCCACUGUGCGGGCGAGGAAUGCGCCGAUCCCAGGUGGCACCGCCGCAGCGCACACGACAUCACCCCUCUUGGCACAGCAGAAGCGUCCUCAACUGGCAGACUCCCUCCGGUGGUGGCACGGGAUAGUCGCUUUAAUCUCCGCCUGCGUGCCCAGCGGUGUCGCUCUUGCGUCUGAGACGAGAGGGAGAAUUGAGAAUUGGCGUUCGAGACGCCGCAGUCCCCAACGUCCGUUCGCGUGGCGGCGACGCGCCCAGGCGAGGGACAACGCGGACACGUCCACGGGGCUUCGCUUCCUGUGUGUGUGGGGGGUGAACAGCUGUUCUCGUUGGCGAAGGAGACCACUGCCACGAUCCCCCCAAGUCGGUUGUCUCUGCAGCGGUCAUUCAAAUCAUUCUACACAAAGUGAAUUUCCUCUUAAAAACCUGGGUGUCUGAAGGUAACAUUUCAGCUUGAAGGAUCACUUACCGUGCUAGUAUGGUCAAAAAUGUUCACAAUUUACACAAACUCGCGAGCAGAAUGUUUUACUUUGAUAAUUGAUGUGAUGCACACGACGAGCAAUUCUGCCAAAGCUUGCGAAGCUUGUAUGUCUACCCGACAAGGUAAUCGCCGUUUAAACAACCCGCGUCGUUCACUUACCUCUGUCGUUGACACGUGGCUCGAGCGACUUGCUGCAGUGUUGCUGGAAUUGUUGCUCGUGAACUGCGUCAAGUCACGUGUACGCUUUGCAGGGGAGGACGUUUACAGCAUCGAGUUGUAAACAUCGUUGUGGAUUAACUGCCAUGCUAAGACGUGACAUACAACAGCUGAUGCUACGACCGUGUUCUCCAGAUUAUGAGUGCUGCGGACAGUAACACGGCACGCCCAAAGUUGUGCCCCGUGUCAGAAGCACAAAUCUGGUCAAAGAUCCCCCGUGUCGCCUGAACAGACUUGGCCAACACGGGGGUGUCGGUGGCUAGCACCACGCCCGGCCGCCUUUGUCUCUCCACCGCUGAUAUUAAAACACCGCACCGGGCAUAUAUUUGAUGCCGAGUCCAGUUCUAUUAUCGCUUGAUGUUAGCCGUGAGCGGGAAUGGACCGCGUGUUGCGUGCGGAUCGCUCCGCACCAGGAGCAACGGGGCUGCUUAGACCCCAGGGGGAGGCAGCCAAAAUAACAAGUGGAGACAUUGUUUUCGAAUUCGGUGAAUUAAAAAAAAUGACCAUUCAAAAGCCGCACUGCACUGUGGUGAAUACGAAACGGCCCUUGGUAAAUGACGUCACGAAGCAGCCCUUCCAGAGGCGCCGGUUCCUGCCCCGUGGCGUCGUGCGGAGAAUUCGGUCGUGGCCCAGCAGAGUCCACGAUGGCAUGGACGCAGCCCACCCCCUCCUGGGGCACGACGCUCUUGCCUGCUUGUUCAUUGAACAUCGUAAGUUGUUUAGAUUGCUGUGCUUUUAAAUUCCCAGGACAAACUCUUAAUUUGAACUUAUUUUCGAAGUAAUUGAAAGUCUGUGACAACAACCGGUUAUGGUGAACUUAUUUCGCAGUUGUCCCGUACCUGCAUGCGCAGUGGCUCGCACCUGCAGCAACGAUCAAUCCCACAGCCCAAGAACAGCGUUGCUGGAAGAGUUCACGGCACCGUCGCAUCCCACAUUGGAGCGUUGGGUGGUUUCGCGCUUUGAUUGCCGCUUCUCGUUAUUUGCCUCACAAACUGCUUUGGCGAUGAAACUUUGUGAUGAUGGUUUAAGCCUUCGUGUAGUUUGUGAUAAGCCCGUUUGGGGGUUCGUGUAAUGUCAGAUUUUAAAAUGUCCUUGUAAACCAUCGCAAACUUUGAAAUCUCUGCUUUGUAGAAUUAGAGGUGUGUGAUGUUUAUUAACCCCCGUGGUGUUAGCCAAGGCUGCGGUAUUGACUGUUUUUUCCGUUUCUAAAUAAACAUUCUGAAAAUUUCA